GUUAGCGUUUAGCUUAAACAUUCAUUCAACCUUUACUUAAACAUGACAUCGUUUAUCAUUAAACCUUCUCUCCUCCGAUGUUUUGUGCAGACUCGCAGUCUCAUAAGCAAGCAUAAAAUAAUACUGUGUUCAGCUAGAAGUUAUACCAGUGGAGGAGAUAACAAGGCACCUAAAAUAUACACUAAAACUGGAGACAAAGGUUUCUCCAGCACAUUCACAGGAGAGAGGAGGCCAAAGGAAGAUAAUGUUUUCGAAGCACUGGGAAAUACAGAUGAGCUGUCAUCAGCUAUAGGAUUGGCCAGAGAAUUUUGCUUUGACAAAGGUCACACUUUUACAUAUCAACUGGACAAGAUACAGUGCAUUUUACAAGAUGUGGGGUCCAACAUUGCCACCCCUCAAUCAUCUGCAAGAGAAAGCCAUUUAAAAAGAACAAAAUUCAACGCUCAGUCGGUUACAGACCUGGAAACCUGGAUCGAUCGUUUUACAGAAGAACUUCCAACAUUAACCAACUUCAUUUUACCAUCUGGUGGGAAGAGUAGUGCAGCUUUGCACUUCGCUCGGACGGUCUGCCGCAGAGCAGAGCGCAGUGUUGCUCCAAUCGUGCGCUCAGGGGAGGCAGACCCAGAUGUAGCCAAGUUCCUGAACAGGCUGAGUGACUACCUGUUCACAGUUGCCAGAUAUGCAGCCAUGAAGGAAGGCAGUGAAGAGAAGAUUUACAAGAGACCUGAAUGA